CGCCCGGACACUCAUAGAUGUGGGACGGGGAAAAGAUGGCGGCGGCUGUGGUACAAAUGUCAUGUUUGUACCGAGGGAUGUUGGCGGUCAGAGCCACUGGCAUCCGCCCGCUGAUCCCGGGACUCGUGCCGUCUCAGUUCAGGGCGUUCUCCAUGAAGAAAGAACCGGAGCUGGAGGAAAAUCCGUAUUACAGCAAAUAUGAAGAGAAGAUCAGGAAACUGCGGAGCUCGAAACCUCAGGAGUAUAAAGCCCGGCUGGAGAAGCGCGGUGAGGUGAAGACGGAGCCGCUGGGGCAGUCCAGACAAGCGGAGUUCGUCAAGUACAUGGAGAAAGAGCGUGGUGAGGCAGGACCCGGGGGCUUCACCAAAGAUAAGACUUUAGGGUCUAUUCUUAACCUUGAUAUGGUUCAGGAGAAAUCUGGAGCUGACAUUGCAGAGCUUUGGAUGCAGUACUUCUCAAAGAAAGACACGAUCAGUGCCACAUACCAGUGAGGCUCAACAUUUGACGUUAUUUUUGGCCGUGCCGCAUCUUGCCCAACAUUUCUGUACGCUCUGCCCCAGAAGGAGGGCUAUGAGUUUUUUGUGGGCCAGUGGGCUGGUCGUGAACUGCACUUCACAUCUUUAAUCAAUGUUCAGACAAUGGGAGAAAAUGCACCCAGCCAUCUAAUUUUAUACCACUAUACGGACCUGCAAAAGGACAAAGACAUUGUGCUGAUGACCGCUGAGAUGGAUAGCAAAUUUGUGACUGUCCACCAGGCGCAGUGCUUAGCCAAUCAGGUGCAGCUGUUUUACGGAUCGCAGCGGCUCGAGACGUUCCGAUUGGUCGAGACCUUCAACCACCAACCGGCGGAGUUUAAACACAUGUCUGUGAUCGCAGAACUAGAGCAGAGCGGCGUUGGACCUGCGCUCACUACGAAAUAAUACUGAUAUGUUUCUUCACGUGGACUGUUGCCUUGAAGGAAGCGCUCUGUAACUAUGUACGGAGGCUUUUGCAGCCAGAUGAGAAGAUGUGCGUUGCCUUUCGGUAGAUUCGAGUUAGAUAUGGCAUGAUGUAUGAAUAUUAAACAUCAUGGUUAUCUGCUACUGUGUAUGCAGAUUUUGAUUCUGUCCUGAUUAGCGUUGGGCACGAAAUAUUGUGUGAUCGUUUUGUGCUUAAAAAUCCAAAAAAGGAAACUUAUUUAUGCCGUAUGUUUCCAGCAAAUUAAAAGUCGUAUUGUAGAUGCUUACGCAUCCGUUUCUUUCGGAAACGGCGUACUUGGUUCUUCCUUACGUAUAGUGUUACUGGAUUUAGAUCCGUUUAAGGAGUUAUGGCCGUCUUUCUUCCUUCUCCACUGAGAUGAACACACCUGUAGCCUGGUGAGUGAGAUCCACAAAUAGACUGAAAGGCCCUGAGGACCCAAGCAGCAUGCAGUAAUGUUCCUGUAUAUCCAUCGCGGUUGUGUUCGUAAUAAAGCUUUACGCUUUGGCGGUA